AUGACUACUGCUGUUAGGCUUUUACCUUCACUGGGCAGAACCGCCCAUAAGAGGUCUCUCUACCUGUUCUCCGCUGCUGCUGCUGCUGCUGCUGCUGCAACUUUUGCUUACUCGCAAUCCCAAAAGAGAUCAUCGUCUUCUCCCGGGGGUGGUAGUAACCACGGAUGGAACAACUGGGGGAAGGCAGCUGCUUUGGCUUCCACUACACCGCUCGUUCAUGUCGCCUCUGUCGAAAAAGGGAGGUCAUACGAGGACUUCCAAAAGGUGUACAAUGCGAUUGCACUCAAGCUGAGGGAAGAUGACGAAUAUGACAACUAUAUAGGCUAUGGGCCCGUAUUAGUCCGUCUUGCUUGGCACACUUCAGGGACCUGGGACAAGCACGACAAUACAGGCGGGUCAUACGGUGGUACAUACAGAUUCAAAAAGGAGUUUAACGAUCCAUCCAAUGCGGGCUUGCAGAAUGGCUUCAAGUUCCUGGAGCCCAUUCACAAAGAGUUUCCCUGGAUCUCCUCGGGUGAUCUGUUCAGUCUAGGGGGUGUCACUGCCGUGCAGGAAAUGCAGGGUCCCAAGAUUCCAUGGAGAUGUGGUAGAGUCGACACGCCAGAGGAUACUACCCCUGACAACGGGAGACUGCCUGACGCUGAUAAAGACGCUGACUAUGUCAGAACAUUUUUUCAAAGACUUAAUAUGAAUGACAGAGAAGUAGUUGCUCUUAUGGGGGCUCACGCUCUGGGCAAGACCCACUUGAAGAACUCUGGAUACGAAGGGCCAUGGGGAGCCGCUAACAACGUCUUUACCAAUGAGUUUUACUUGAACUUGCUGAAUGAAGACUGGAAAUUGGAAAAGAACGACGCGAACAACGAACAGUGGGACUCUAAGAGCGGCUACAUGAUGCUGCCCACUGAUUAUUCUUUGAUUCAGGAUCCCAAGUACUUAAGCAUUGUGAAAGAAUACGCUAAUGACCAGGACAAGUUCUUCAAGGAUUUUUCCAAAGCUUUUGAAAAACUGUUGGAGAACGGUAUCACUUUCCCUAAAGACGCGCCCAGUCCAUUUAUUUUCAAGACUUUAGAGGAACAAGGUUUAUAG